ACUGAAAAAAAAAACUAAAAAGAGAAAAUAACUGUACAAAGAACGUAGGUGGGUUGAAAACUGUGUUCGGGUUUGUUUUUCUGUUUCGAUUAUUUUUCAAACCGUUUCCUUUGAUUUCUUUCGUUUUGCUCUCACCAUGGUGUGUAUUCAUCUAGAAUAGGAAUAAUAAAGUCACUGUUCCGCGAAGGUCGAUGUAUUUUGUAGCUUCCAACCUAAUAUACUAGUCAUAUUGGUUGCAACGUCACAGCGGCGCAACCACCAUUUUGAUUUUCGAUCUCACCCCAUUUUGAGAUAGGGUGUGAAUGAUCUCGUCUCUCAACAGAAAACACAUCAUUGUUUUUAUCCAGGGGGAAAAAACGAGUCAAAUUUCUUCAAAAUGGCUAAAUUUGUUUGCAUUGUUGCUUUAGUGACUGUUGUUGUUGCCACUACACAGGCGUUUCCGAUGCGAGAGAUGUCGAAAAAGGAAGCUCUCCUAAGAGAAUUACUGAAAAUGGAUGACAAGUUUUGGGAUACGCUGUUCGGUGAAGACGAGGAAACAACCGAAGCUCCAACCACAACACAACCCACUACAGAGGCGACAACGACACAGGCGCCAGCCCCUGUCCCAAUUGUGGCAAUCAACAAACCAUACUCGGAUCUUUCCUCAGCCCAGCUGUGCGGCAUGAUGCAGGGGUUGUACAAGAGGAGAGAAACCUUGGAGACCAAACGGGACGUGGUGAUCAACAUGAUGUACAAUCUCUGCUUCCCGCCAUCAGGUCUCGACGCUGCUGCAGUCUUGGCCAUGUUCAGCGGGAUCGCGCCAGAAAGUCCGUGGGUGGAAGAACAAGAAGAAGAAGUAGAACCAACCGAAACAGUUGCAAAGGAAGAGGAGGAGGAAGGUGAACCGUCUCGUUGGAAGACGCUGAUUGAUCAGUUGACCGAAGCUCAAAACAAGAACACAGGAACAGAAGAGGAGACGGGUGGUGAAACUGGAGCUACUGACACCGGAGCUGAUGCAAACGAUAACACCGGGACUGACACCGAAGCUGGUGAUAAUACAAACACCGGAACGGACACCGAAGCAGACACUAAUGCAAACACUGGUACUGACACCGAAGCUGGUGCUAAUGCUGACACCGGAGCUGACACUAACACUGACACUGUUGCUGACACAAAUGCUGAUGCAGGGACUGGGAAUGUUGCAGAUACUGAAGCCGGUGCUGGUGCUGACACGGCUCCCACCAACGAUGAAGACGGAGUGGCAGAAACUCAACCAGCAUCAGCCAAGCGAUUCGCAGAUGAGGAACUAUUAGAACUACUUCGGAAAGCAGUUGAACUAAACCGUGAAAAACACACUAUCAUCUUUUAGUUGUUUCAAAAGAUAACUAUGACGUAAUUCCUAGUAAAUCUUUAUUCUAAAAUGCUUUAUCAUUAACGACUUUCCGAUGUUAAAACCAAAUUAUUUGGUAUAAGUUUAAAAAAAAGCUACACCCAAGGAAUGGGGACAAUGAAGACGGUAUCUAGGAAAAAACAUUGUGCAAAGAUUGGAUCUUAGGGAUUUGUUUUCAAUUCAUAGGAGAAAUAGAAAACCAAUAGUUACUCAGUUUUAUACCCGAUUAUAAAAUAUGAUGUAACAAAUUAAUACUUCGCGCAAUUUAUAUAGGAUGGAUUUUUUUAUCGUGACUUGACUAUUUAAAAAAGAUUAAUCUUGUCACAGUUCUAUUAAGCAUCAUAAUCAUUGCUCUAUGAUCUAGCUUGUUUGAUUGUCUUUAUAAAAAAAAAGAAAUUCAUAUAUUCGCUGCGGUAAGACCGCUUCUCUUUGUAGAUCAACAGUUAUAUGCAACGUGCUAUUCCAAUCCUUUUUCAUUUUGCAUAUAAUUAUUUACGCUCCCGAUUAUACUUUUUCUUGAGGUCUUAUGACCAACAAUAGGAAAUAAAGCUGUGGUACGCUGCAUCAUAUUCGAUGCAUAAAAUGUAAAAAAAUACAAAUAAUAUCUAACAUAAACACUUUUCAUAAAAUAGUUUACAAUAACUAGACAUUAGACUUAUUCGACCAUUUCCUUAUUAUAUAUGUAGAUGAACAUAUAUAUUACAUUCUAGUUGCACCGAACUAUAAAUUCAAGUCAUUCUGUGUUUAACAACGAUGACAUAGCCUCGGGCUUUAAGUGAUAAGAAUAUGAGCUUCGAUGUUAUAUUUCUGUUUGUGCAAGCAAUAUACUGAAUGUGUAUAAUUUUAAUGGAAAUAACUGCAAAGAAUAUUGAACAACUCCGAUGUCUUUCAAAUACACACAAGAUAAGAUUCUUCAGUCUAUAACGCGCUUAUUAAAGAGUGGAACAAGAAUCAGUACUAAAUAAAAUACUUGAAAACGUUUAAA